AUGUCAGAGUACGUUUGUGAACAAUUCGUCCGUCGUUAUCUUAUGUCUCACAAUUACACACGGACUUGGGCUAUUUUGGAUAUUGAAUCAUCUUCUGAUAACUUAAAUGGAUGUGUAAUUUCAAGAACACUUAUAUUAAUUUCUACUUUCGCGAUAAAGUGCAAUGAGGUAGUCAGUAUCAACAGCUUUUUUAACAAUCAGAAAAUCUUUGACCUAUCCUCACCUUCGUGGGCACAGUGGUUGGGUAUGCUAUUGUUUGAACCACAAAAACAUCAUUUUUUUGGUCGAUAUUUUACGAAAACGUGGGUGGAUGUCCUCUUUACGUCCCUUAGCAAUUUUCUUUGCGUGCUGUUCUCUUCACUUCCAAUUCUUUCGAAAUUGGAGGAUCAAGAAGAUAUCGCACCGGUAGGUUUUAUUAAAACUGGUAAAGCCGCCACCCCAGCAUUUCGUUCAAGUGAAAUUCGUAACGUGGGGUACGAGGCCCCUGAUGCGCGGACUCCCGCUGCACAUUAG